UCUCACGUAGGAAAAAUGGCGGCGGUGCAGGUCGCCGCCUCUCUUCCUUGUGGGCAGCCGCGAGAGGCCCCGCGGGAGCUGUCGCCAGAGCAGGACGAUGGGUUCCGCCGCUUGUCUGCCAGGCUCCGCGCGCUGCAGCCGGAUGACAGCACUGUGUCCCGUAUGGAGAUUCACCUGCUCUUCGACCAGCUCAUCUCCGAGAACUACAGCGAGGGCGGCAGCGUGGCCCCGGAGGACGUCAGUGCUCUUCUUGUGCGAGCUUGUCAGCUAGUGCCUCUUAAUCAGAAUCACCUUGUGAGCAAAGUGUCUCAGCUGAUCCAUCGUUUACUGAACAGAUUACAGGUGGUUGUGGAUGAGCAGAACUUAGACUUUCUGCUGACCUAUACAAUCUCAGCUAUUCAACAGUGUAGCUCUUGGACACACAUGGAAAUUCUUCAAGCCCUGGCAGCUCUGGUUUACUGCAAUGGCUCAAAAUGUCAAAAGCAUCUCCCAGACUUGCUAGGCAAGAGUGGCCUCUUGAUGAAGUUGAGUGACUUGACUUAUUCUGAUCCUGAAGUCAGGAGAGCUGCAGUGCAUUGUAUGGCAAACUUAUGUCUCAGUGUGCCAGGACAGCCAUACCUGGAGGAGUCCUACCAGCAUGUCUGCUUCCAAGCUUUCUUGACCAUUUUACAGUCUCCAAAAUCAUCUGAUAUGGAUGAUAUAACAUUUUGCAUGCUGUUACAGAAUGCACUGAAAGGCAUACAGUCGCUUCUCAAUGGUGGGAAAAUGAGACUGACGCAGACUGAGCACCUGGGAGCACUUCUCGCUGUGCUAAAGAAAGCCAUGUUUCAUGGACUCCCUGGACUAAACAUAGAGAUGCCCACAGUGCUAUACCCAACUCCACUUCCUCAGUACGAUGGGAGAUCACCUGUUAAACCCCAGCAACCAGACUCCAGUGCUGCUCGACCAUGUGCGAUCAAAAAGAAAAAACACAAAGUAAAACCAAAGAAACCCCAACAAGGGGAGAAAGUGGAGGACGAGGAGGAGCCCUGUGGUGAAACAGAAGCAGCACCAGGGCUCAGCAUGGACCAGGCGAACACAUGUGGCGAGAAUGCUUGGUGCUCCUCCCUCUGGGGCUCCCAGGGUUUGCCUGUGGAUGGAGGCAGAGCUGCCGGAAGAGAGCAGGCCUCCUUGCCCUUUGCCUCCUCCAGCUGGAAAAGAGUCAGCAGCAGUGAGUCAGACUAUUCGGAUGCAGAAGGAGGCAUGCAGGGUAAAAUGAGGUCAUACCAAGCCAAGGUUCGCCAAGGAGCAUUGGCUUGUUUUCUUUCUACUAUCAAAUCAAUAGAAAAAAAAGUUCUAUAUGGCUACUGGUCUGCCUUUGUUCCUGACACGCCGGAGCUUGGAAGCCCACAGUCUGUGUCCUUAAUGACACUUACACUAAAGGAUCCAUCUCCAAAGACGCGUGCCUGUGCUCUUCAAGUUCUGUCUGCCAUCUUGGAAGGCUCAAAGCAGUUCCUUUCUGUUGCUGAAGACACCAGUGACCACAAACGGGCUUUCACGCCCUUCUCUGUCACGAUUGCAUCCAGCAUUAGAGAGUUGCACAGAUGUCUUUUGUUAGCUUUGGUGGCAGAGUCCUCGUCCCAGACCCUUACUCAAAUAAUUAAGUGCCUCGCAAAUCUAGUAUCAAACGCCCCCUACAACCGUCUGAAGCUCAGCCUGCUGACCAAAGUCUGGAACCACAUAAAGCCUUACAUCCGCCACAAAGAUGUUAAUGUCCGAGUGUCAAGUCUCACGCUCCUAGGAGCUAUAGUGUCCACUCACGCGCCUUUGCCAGAAGUCCAGCUGCUUCUUCAACAGCCCUGUUCCUCUGGACUCAGCAGCAGCAGCUCAGCAACCCCUCACCUCAGCACUCCUGAUGGCUGGAAGACAUUCCCUGCAGGACCCUCUCUGGAAGAACCAUCGCUCAGCUCACCAAAGGGGUUGUCAGAACCCUGCUGGCUCAUCCGACUCUGCAUUUCCACUGUGGUACUGCCCAAAGAGGAUUCCUGCUCGGGUAGCGAUGCUGGCUCCACCAUGGGAAGCACCUAUGAACCAUCCCCCAUGCGGCUGGAGGCACUACAGGUUUUGGCUCACCUGGCAAGAGGCUAUUUUUCAAUGGCUCAGUUGUACUUGGUGGAGCUUGGCGAGGUGAUCUGUAAGUGCGUGUGUGAAGCAAACCCAUCCAUCCAGCUCCACGGCGUGAAGCUCCUGGAAGAACUGGGUACAGGCUUGAUACAGCAGUACAAGCCAGAUUCCAACACAGCACCUGAACAGAGAGUGCCAGUCCACCUGGUAGUGAUGUUCUGGACUGCGAUGCUGAAUGGUCCUUUGCCCCGAGCCCUGCAGUCAGCAGAGCACCCGACUCUCCAGGCGAGUGCCUGCGAUGCCUUGUCCUCCAUCUUGCCAGAGGCCUUCAGCAGUCUGCCGAAUGACAAGCAGAUUUUGUGCAUUACAAUGUUGCUUGGCCUGAACGACAGCAAGAACCAUUUAGUGAAAGCCGCCACCUCCAGGGCCCUUGGAGUCUAUGUGCUUUUCCCCUGCCUCAGACAGGACGUCAUAUUUGUUGCAGACACAGCAAAUGCUAUAUUGAUGUCACUUCAAGAUAAGUCACUAAACGUGCGUGCCAAAGCAGCCUGGUCCUUGGGCAACCUGACAGAUACUCUGAUUGUCAACAUGGACACACCGGACCCAAGUUUCCAGGAUGAGUUCUCUGGGCUCCUGCUCUUGAAAAUGUUGCAGACUGCAAUACAAGCCUCCACGGACAAAGACAAGGUCAAAAGCAAUGCGGUCCGGGCCCUCGGGAAUUUGCUCCAUUUUCUACAGCCCUCUCACAUAGAAAGACCCAGGUUCGCUGAAAUCAUCGAGGAGUCCAUCCAGGCUCUGAUCUCCACUGUUGUGAAUGACGCUGCCAUGAAAGUCCGGUGGAAUGCUUGUUAUGCGAUGGGAAAUGUUUUUAAAAACCCUGCUCUUCCACUUGGAACAGCCCCGUGGACCUCCCAGGCCUACAAAGCCCUGACAUCAGUUGUGAUGUCAUGCAAGAACUUCAAAGUGCGCAUCAGAUCUGCUGCAGCCCUCUCUGUUCCGGGCAAGAGAGCACGGUACGGGUCCGUAGAACAGUUCACCCAGAUCUGGAGUGCGCUGGUCACUGCCCUGCAGAAGAGCGAAGACACUACAGACUUCCUGGAGUUCAAGUACUGUGCCAGCCUGCGGACUCACAUCUGCCAGGCACUGCUUCACCUCCUGAGCCUAGCCAGUGCCUCAGACCUGCCCUGCAUUCAAGAAACUCUUAAGCUGAACGGAGAUAUGAUCCAGUCCUACAUCCUACAGUUCUUAAAAUCGGGAACAGAGGAAGAUGAUCCCGGAGCAGUCCACACCCCACAGGAAAGAGACCAGAUGGUCAGACUGGCCCUGAAGCACAUACACAGUGUGCAGGCACUGGCUGGAGACACAGCCAGAGGGGUCAUCAUGGGUUUCUUAGAGGACAUCCUGACCGUUCAUUGUGACUCUUCAGGAGGACAAGUGGUGCUCCGUGGGCCCUCAGAUCAGUGACUUUCCACCCUCCCUCACACGUCACGAGUGGGAAUCAGACACUCAGCCUGUGCAUUUGUACGUGGAGUUUCAUUCUAGGGCAGGAGCAUCUGUCAGCAUUUAGAACGGGCUAGUAUCUCCACCACUUCGGAGAGUGGUUCCAUUACUGGCCAUUCUAACACAGACAUCUAAGGUACAAGGAGUCAGGAUCUAUGAAGCCUGGGCCCGAACAACUGGACGUCUUUUAGUCUCAAAAAGAAAGAAAAUAAAUUUAGAAAUUAGAAUCUUAUUAGAAUUGUGUUUUCAAGACUGUUUUUUAAUAACAAACUGAUUUUUUAUAAAAGCACAGCAAGAAGAAGAACAGGCCUCGUGAAGUGUCUGCCAGCACAGCUGCAGCAGCCAGACUCCUGCAAGAGCACCCCUUGAUGAGUAUGCAGCUGCUCACCCGGCACCUGCAUGCACCCCAGGGCUCUUCCACCUCCCCACAGUCCAGGAGCCUGGGCCACAGCAACACCAACUUUUGUCUAAAUUCACAAAUGACCUUCAGGGUAAUACGGUCCUAUACAUUAAAUAUGCUGUUUGGCCACCUUUUAA